AUGGCGCAUUUCCUUUCAAUGGAAAUAAGAUGCAUUUACAGAUGCACUCUUCAAAGGGGAAAAGAAAGAAGCGCAAAGAAAGCCCAGGCGUUUUCUCUAAGAACCCAACCGGGCCAACGCAUCUCGUGCAAAGUCAUAAUUGGGCUUGAUUCGCACUUCACCGAUUCCACCAGAUCCUGCAGCGCCCCUCCGCCGCCCAGCGCCACCUUAAGCUCCGCCCUCUUGAACAGAGCAUCCCCCCUCUCGGCGUCGCUCAGGGACCUCACCGCCGGUGGGGACAGCGCGGCGUCGAGCGAGACCAGGGCAGAGAUCGAGCGCGAGGGCCCUGAGGAUGUGCGAGGCGGCGUCUUUCGGGUCGAGCGCGAUGGCCCGAUUGGCUUCGGCCUCGGCUCGGCCGGCGAGGGAGACGGCGUCGGAGGUGGAGGAUCUGGCUUGAGAGAGGAGUUGAGCUCCGAGGACAAAGUGGCGCCUGGCGUCGAGAUUGGAUCGCCUAAGCUUGGGGAGGAGCUUUUGGGGAAUUUUGUGGAUGUAGAGGAACAUGAAGAGCCGGUGUUGAAGGGGACGUAUUUCGCAGAGAAGCUGUGGGACGAGGCAUGGUGGCGGGCCUCGUCGCGGAUGUUCUCGUCUGCGGGGCGGCGGUGCUUGAGUGAGGCGAAGGUGGAUGCGGCGGUGGAAGGGGGAUUGGAGGAGGUGUCUGUCGCGUGGAUGGUGAGAUAG